AUAUGGAUUCAAGUAGCAUCCAAACUUCAAAAAAUCGAAGAAAGCUAAUUCUCGUACCCAGUAUUUUUCUGAAGAAUAGGGUUCUAUCUCUGUGGAGGGAAAAUCAAAAACCUAACAAUGGAAGGAGAAGAGGAAGAUGAUAUUGUUUGUUUGGACGAAUCAUUCUUCAUCAAUGACAAUUACCAAUUGACCACUUUCACAUUUGGGUCUCAAGUUCUUGAGCUAUACUGCCUUCAUUCAGCUUCAACUGAUUUUGAUCUGACUGGCCAACUGGUGUGGCCUGGAGCGGUGCUGUUGAAUGAAUACCUGUCGAAAAAUGCUGAGAUGCUUCAAGGACUUUCUGUUAUUGAGUUAGGCUCUGGUGUUGGUGUCACCGGAGUACUCUGUAGUAGAUUUUGCAAAAAAGUUCUGAUGACUGACCACAGUGAUGAAGUUCUUAAGAUCCUGAAGAAAAAUAUAGAUCUACAUGCAUCUUCUGAGAAUUUCCCUUGCUCUGAUUUGGAAGCCGAAAAACUAGAAUGGGGAAGUUCUGACCAGAGAAAUGAAAUUCUGCAAAGAUAUCCGGAAGGAUUUGAUCUAAUUCUUGGAGCAGAUAUUUGCUUCCAACAAUCCAGUAUUCCCUUGCUUUUCGAUACAGUUAAGAGGCUUCUUCAAAUCAGAGGAAAAGGAAGAUGCAGAUUCAUUCUGGGUUAUGUCUCUCGCGCCAAAGUAAUGGAUCAGAUGGUGCUCAACGAGGCCCAGGGACAUGGCUUGUCAACGAAAGAAGUUUGUGGAACCCGUUCAGUCGUUGGAAACUUGGAAGGGGUCAUUUACGAGAUUACCCUUCAGUAGAUCAAACAGAUUUUGCUUUGUACUUGGAGUUUGGAGCCUAGGAUCAAAUACAGCUUUCAGAUAGAUAGUAAGCAAGAAGGUGCAACCUGAGGUAACGACACAUUGCCUAUUUUCCAGACAUAGGAACGGUAGCAUAACAUUAUGAAACAAGAGAACUUUAAUAUUGAUAAAACAUAGGAAAAACGAAAGGUAGCUUUUAACAUUUUAAUGAUAUCUCUAAUUUUUUCACUCGGAUUCCUCUGCUGUUCUGUUAUGAUGCACACUGAUGCAUCACAUUAUUAUGUUUUAGAAAUUUGAGAAGAUGGUGUUCAUCAAUCACCAGUUAUCUCUCUAAGAUUCAAAUUAAUAACUAGAAAUAGCUAUUUUAUGCCCCUUUGUGAAUGAAUGGAACACCUCUUUUCUGUGACA